UCGACAACCACCUCCACUACUCUAAUUAUUUUCACUCAAAAUACCACAAAUACCACUAUAACACCUACAGGAGUGCAAGUUGUCAAUACAACAACUACUACGCUGUGUUCUUGUGUGUUUCAAGGAAUACAAUAUAAUCCUGGAGAGUCAAUAUUGGAUAAGAAGGACAAUGGCUCAGGGAUUUGUCUGACCAUGAUCUGCUCCAUAACCUGUGCUAUUCAGAACAGUACAGAGCCAUGUCCAACACCACCACCACCCGACUGUCCUAAAUGGAAUAAAACUACUGACGAGAUCUUCCACAUAUGUGACUGUAUGAUGGCAAAGUGCAUAAAGGGAGACAUCAUUGAGAUUAUCCAACAUCAAUGUCCUCCUCCGAAGAGCAUCACAUGUGCAAAUAACCAGCCAGCAGUGCUGGUCUAUGAUGAGCUCCACUGCUGCCGGCAAUACACCUGUGAUUGCUUUUGUCAGGGUUGGGGUGGCUCACAUUACAUCACAUUUGAUGGACUCUCCUACACUUACCAAGGAAACUGCACUUAUAUAUUAAUGGAGGAAAUUAGCCCUAAAUACAAUUUGAAGAUCUACAUUGACAAUGUAUACUGUGAUAUCCAUGAGCCUGUAUCCUGUCCCAGAUCCAUUAUUGUUUCUUACAACAAUCAAGUCAUAACACUUGGGAAUCACAGGUUCAUGAAUGGUGCAGCUCUACAGGCACUGAAGGACAAUGUUAAUCUAACACUGCCAUAUACUCAAAAUGGUGUGAGGGUUAUCAAAUCAAGCCUGAACUUGAUCUUGGAGGUUCCAGAGCUACAAGUCGUUGUAACAUUUGGAAACACCGACUUUAGCAUUAACCUGCCAUUCCAGCAUUUUGGAAAAAACACACAAGGACACUGUGGAACAUGCAACAACAACCAGACUGAUGACUGCAUGCUGCCUGGAGGGAUCUUGGUUAAUGACUGUGCAGUGAUGGCCGAUCACUGGACAGCCAGUGGUUUGGAUGGCAAAAACUGCACUAAACUAAGUCCAAGACCUCCAGUCUGGAAUAUAUCCACACCCAUGACAAUAACACCAUACCAUAAUGACUGCAACCAUCUCAAGAGCAAGGUGUUCGAAGCAUGCCAUUCCCAUGUGUCUGCUGAAAGUUUCUUUUCAGCCUGUCAGUAUGAUAGUUUUCAUGUAAGCGACCCCUCAGUGGUGUGUGCCAGUCUGCAGAGCUACGCGAGGGCUUGCUCUCAGGCUGGGAUUUGCAUUCACUGGAGAAACUACACUAGCCUUUGCAACACUACAUGUCCAGAAGAUAAAAUAUUCUUGCCCUGUGGUCCAGCCGAACCACCAACUUGUAGAGGCGGACCUACGCAGAGCUCAAUUUCAGUGUCCACAGAAGGCUGCUUCUGCCCUGAGAACAAAACACUCUUCAGCAUGGAGUCAGGAUUAUGUGUGUCAAAAUGUGGAUGUGUGGACUCCUCUGGGACUCCACGUGAGAUUGAUGAGCAUUUUAAGUACAACUGUGAGGACUGUGUCUGUGAUAAGGCCAGCCAAUCAGUGAUCUGUAAACCCAAGAAGUGUCCUGAUGUGACUCUUGAGAACUGCACUGAGCCCGGCUUCAUGCUGUUCAAUGUGACCGAUCCCGCUGACCCAUGUUGCAGCAAACAAGUUUGCAGAGAGAUUGAUUGUUCUGUCAGCAUGUGCAAAGAUGGAUCAUGCACAAAAGGGUCCUGUAUUUAUGUUGCACCAGACAACACCACACAUAAUCUCAAGGAUGGAGAGGAGUACAAGAACAUAUGUGAAACUGUUACCUGCCAUCAAAUUAAUGGCUUGUUUGUGACUAAGAAAACCAUCACAACAUGUCCUUAUUUGAGUUCACAUGAAUGUGAGCCUGGGUUUGAAUAUGUGAAAAAAGAAGGAGAGUGCUGUGGAACAUGUACACAAGUGGCCUGUAUUUAUGAUGCACCAAACAACACCAGACAGACUCUCAAGGAUGGAGAAGCUCACAGUUACAAAUGCGAAAAUGUUACCUGUCGUGAAUUUAAUGGCUUGUUUGUGACUGAGAAGACCAUAAGAGAAUGUCCUUACUUGAGUUCACAUAACUGUGGGCCUGGGUUCGAAUAUAUGAAAAAAGAGAGUGAGUGCUGUGAAACAUGUACUCAAGUGGCCUGUAUUUAUGAUGCACCAGACAACACCAGACAUAUUCUCACGGAUCGUGAGGAGGUCAAGUACAAAUGCGAAACUGUUACCUGCCGUCAAAUUAACGACUCGUUUGUGACUGAGAAAACCAGCACAAAAUGUCCUUACUUGAGUUCACAAGACUGUGGGCCUGGGUUUGAAUAUGUGAAAAAAGAAGGAGAGUGCUGUGGAGAAUGUAGACAAAUGGCCUGUGUUUAUGAUGCACCAGACAACAACACACAGACUCUCAAGGUUGGAGAAGUCAAGAGUUACACAUGUGAAACCGUUACCUGCCGUCAAAUGAAUGGUUCAUUCAUCAGUGAGAAGACCAAAACAGAAUGUCCUUACUUGAGUACACUUACCUGUGGGCCUGGGUUUGAAUAUGUGAAAAAAGAAGGAGAGUGCUGUGGAUCAUGCAUACAAGUGGCCUGUAUUUAUGAUGCACCAAACAACACCAGACAAACUCUCAAGGAUGGAGAAGUCCAGAGUUACACAUGUGAAACUAUUACCUGUCAUGAAUUUAAUGGCUUAUUUGUGACCGAGAAGACCAAAACAAAAUGUCCUUACUUGAGUUCACUCGACUGUGGGCCUGGGUUUGAAUAUGUGAAAGAAGAAGGAGAGUGCUGUGGAUCAUGUACACAAGCGGCCUGUAUUUAUGAUGCCCCAGACAACACCAGACAUGUUCUCAAUGACGGAAAGGAGUACAAUUUCAAAUGUAUGAAUACAACCUGUCAGAAAAGGAAUGGCAUGUUCAUGACAAAAGAGAGCUAUAAACAAUGCCCUCCCUUUAACCGAGAUGACUGUAAGCCUGAAACAGUGCAAUAUGACAAAGACGGAUGCUGCGAGAUCUGUGAACUCAGCAACUGUGUUCGUGCGAAGAACGUCACCCGUCUGCAUGUCAAUGAAUGCACUUCCAUUGAGGAUGUAGAAGUUACUUCCUGCGCUGGCCACUGUGACGAUGGAUCAAUGUAUUCAAUGGAAAAUGACAUCAUGAUGCACAGCUGUUCUUGCUGCCGGGAGGAGAGUAUCAUCCGUAAAGAUGUGAUGCUGAAGUGUGCCAAUGGCAGCGAGAUCCUUCAUCACUACACGUACAUAGAGACCUGCAAAUGCACUCCUACCAUGUGUGAAGACACUGGAAAAAAUGAACAUGGACAAUUUACAGAAAUAAAUCUUGUAACACUUCCUGUGAUAAAAGAACCAUAAAAAAUAUUGUAAAGAAUUUCAAGUUUAGGGGACUGCACUUAGGGUAAAAAUCUGCACAUUUCAUGAUAUAAUGUUAAUAUUCCAUCUAAAGUAAUAAAAUCUAUAUAAUAUACUCAUAACCACUGUAAUAAUACAGUUGGUAAAAGGCAAAUGAUGAAUUAGAGUUAAUCACAAGUCACUUUUCCACAAGCUGAGGUAAAUACUAAUAUCUAGAUUCUAGAAGGUGCACACAAAUACAAAACACCAACACGUGUGACACGAAAAUAAUGCAAGAAACAUUAAACAACAUAAGAUAUAACAUAAAAGGUACAUAAUAACAAAACCUAACAAGAAAAAAUCAAUGUCAAUUAUUUUAUUUAGUCUCAGGGAAUUGUUUACAGUUUUUCACUGUAAAUGAUAAGAUCUAUAACAGUAUUUUACUGUAAAAUUACAUUAAAUGGCCCAUUAGAUAAUCAAUUAACAGGUUCUUGCCAUUGCUUUCAGUCUUUUACUAAAAUUACAAACAUUGUUUUACUGUGUAGACCACCUGUGGAUAAAAAAGAUCCCAUUUGACCUGCUGAUCUGUCACAAGAAAGCAACUAUUUUAAAAUAUAUAACCGAAAAUGACAAUAACAAUGAUUUAAGCUGAUUGUUGUAGUGCAUUAAUGGCUAAAAUUAAUAUUGCACCUCAUGUUUUCUUUGGUUUGAUCGAAGGGUGUAGUUAUUUCUAAGCAUAAUCCAAGAAAAAAAAAUCUAGACUAUUCUUUUUGGUAAUGCAUGAUAUGUUUUUUCCUUCCAAUGAAAUGAAUCAAAAUCACAAUAAAGCAUUAUAAAGAGCAUCA